GUGCUACGCGGACUGAUGGGAGGGGUGGAGGUUGUUAUCGCGAGUUUUGUGGGGUAAGCCUAGAAGUGGAGCGGAAUUUGAACUCGGCGAGCGGAGCCGGAGCCCCGUUGCGGGCCGGGCCAGAGCCUACAGGUCCAUUCAGUCCUAAUUCUCUAAGAUUGUUUACAUUUACGGGAGAUGAUACCUGCUGCUUAUUUACAACGUCUCCUGAAAAUGAGAACAGGCAUUCACGUGGCACGGUUGUAGACAGCGAUGCAAGGUAUUUCCAUGCCAGACUUCCAAAAGAAGCUGGAGGGAGAAAAUAAAAUGGAGACGGAGGCAGUUUCUAAUCUUCGUCGCCAACUGAAGGAAGCAGAAGAUGAGCGGAGAAAGGCAGCACAAUAUGGCUUGCAUAUACUGGAGCAACAAAAUGAGAUGCAGAAUCAGUUAGAUGAGCUACGGAGUGAAUUGAGCACCAAAACUGAGAAAUUUGAACAAGACAAGUAUUCACUUCAGAGAGAAGUUGAGCUCAAGAAUAGAAUGUUGGAAAGCUUGAGCUUUGAAUGUGAUGCUCUUAAGCAGCAACAAAAUGUGCAACUGGACAAACAGCGAGAACAACUUGAAAGAAUCCACGGACAAGAAAUCAGUCAACUUAAAGACAAGUUGGAGAAGUUGAAAGCAGACCUAGAUGAAACCCGACUAAGUGAGAAACAACUAAAGCACAAAGUGGAACAUCAAAAGGCAGUCAUUAAUGCUAAAUCGGAAGAAUUGCACAUGAUGUCUGAACGUGUACAUGAAACCAUGUCUUCAGAAGUGCUAAAUCUCCAGAUUGAACUAACGGAACUUGAAAGUGUGAAGGCCAGUGUUGAAGAGAAGAUGAAUGAAUUGCAAUACAGUAAAGAGCAACUAGAACUUGCGAACAGCAACCUACGCAACCAGUUGGAACGCCUUCAAGGAGAAAAAGAAGAGAGAGAAAAGGAAAUAGUUUCUUACUACAAUGCAUUAGAGAAAGCUCGUGAAGCUAACCAGGCACUUCAAGGUCAGCUGGAUCAUGCACUGGUUCAGGCUUUGGACCCUACCAGUAAAGGCAAUUCUCUGUUUGCAGAGGUGGAGGACCGUAGGGCAGAAAUGGAACGUCAGCUGAUCAGUGUGAAAGUAAAAUAUCAAUCACUACAAAAACAGCAUGCAUUCACUAGAGAACAAUUGCAAAGAAUGAAGCUACAAAUGGCUACGCUGCUUCAGAUGAAAGGUUCUCAGGCAGAACUUGAGCAGCUAGAACGCUUGCAGUCAAUGUUAGAACAAAAGAAUGGUGAAAUAGAAGAUCUUCUAAUGAAAGUGAGGCAACUGGAGAAAUGUAAGAAUUUAUAUGAGAACAUGAAAGAAUCAAAACCUUCUAGUAGCAGUUCAAUCGGUGGAGAAUUUGAAGAUGGCUAUUAUACAGAUCUGCUUCAAAUGAAACUUGAGAACUCCAAUAAGGAGACCGAAACUUUGAGAAACGAACUAUCCUUACAGAGGAUGAAAGCUUUAUAUGAGAGCCAGAGGGUUCUGGAGGUAGAAAGGAAGCUUUUUGCCAAUGAGAGGCAACUGCAGGUAUGCCAAAGUGAGAACAUGAACUUGCGAGUUAUGCUGGACGAGCUGAAAAUGAAGUACGAACCUGAAGAAUUAAUUAAAAUCCCUAAAAGCAUAAAAAGGAGGGAGAAGAUUCCAGUGGACAUGACUUCUGAACCUGGAGAUAGCAAAAAUGCUACAGUAGAGAAAACUACUCACUUUUCAUCUCAAAAUAAGGAAGAAAGAAAGAUAUGUACCAAAAACUUGGAUCCAAGUGAUGAUCCUCAAAGAAAAUAUGUACUUGUGGCAGCACCAGUGAACAUCACUCCGCUUCCCGCAACAGAACAAAGGGCUGAACCCGAGAAGGAUAGGAAAAGAGUUAAAAUUAAAGAGAACAUCAAAGGUUCAAGUGAAAGAAAUGGAAAUAACUCUCUAACUCCAGCUGCCUCCAGGUUAACAGCUGGAUCCAGACUUGAAACUGUGGAAAAUGAAGACCUGAGUGAAAAAACAAUCAAGCCUGAGAAGAAAACAUACACUACAUUAUAUGUGUCUUCUAAACCAACUCCUGAAACACAAUGUCCUCAGCAAUAAAACUGUUUUUCCAGAGCAAAUCUGGAAACUUAGUCUUGCCUUAAAGAGUCUGUUGUGAAGCAAUGAAUACAUAGUGUACCAUUUUUAAUGUACGUAUACUUUGAAUUUUAAGAAACCUGUGUAUCUGCCUUCUGUUUCAUGAACAAUUAUUAAUAUUAUGGCUUCUAUUAUGCAGGGUUCUCACCAUCCCUAUUUGGUUAACCUCAGAAGUGCCACAAAAAUAAAUUCUCUUUGGUAACUUGACCCAAAAUGUUGUCUCAUGCUGAAUUUUAGUUAAGACCCUAAUCAUUAGUUGCUUUGGGUUUCCAAAAGUGUAGCUCAGUUCAGAAUGACUAGAGUUGACUAUAGACAUCCUGUGAAGCUAUAUAAUAAAUACAGAUAUAAGCCGAGUAGGACUGCAUAUUUCUCUAGUGAAUAAACUAUUGUGACACUGGACUGAUGGAAGGGAAGAUAGAGAGAACAAUAAAUACUAAUGUUGUUAAAUUCCUAAAGGUUGUUUUAAUUGUUUUAAAUGGGCACCUUUCAAAGCUACAUUUUCCCCCAGUGUGUAGCAAUUUCUGAUUUUCAGCACACCCUAUAUACUUAAAUCACACAUUUAACAUUUUCUUUAAAAGUCAUGUGAAUGUGGGGU